AUGACGACUAACUAUUUGGUGCCAAACACUAAACCGAUUAAUGGAAAUGUGUUUCAUUCAUUCGAAAAGAUAAAUGAAAUAUUCGCAAAGAAUGACGGUAGAAGAUAUUAUAGAGAACUUGAAAGUUCAUGCUAUGACUCUGAUGCUCCAUAUUUUGAUGAUAAACAAACUCAUUUAAGAAUUACAAAUCCGGCUCAUGAUGUGAACCAAUUAGGUGACACAUAUAUUAAACGCAAAGUUAAAGCAACUCUAGUUUCAAAUAAAGCUUUCACAUGUGAUGCCGCUUUUAAAUGCAUGCGUUUAUUCGUUGGUUACAAAUCAUCAAAUCAAAGCUUUAAACAAUUAGAAGUAGAAACCGAAAGAGGUGAUGCCGGUUAUCUUCAGAUGGAUUGCGCCCGUGAAUCUUUCGCAUUUGCAACAUAUAAACCAAAAUCAGAAAGGAAAGUUAAAAAGUUUGUUCAUUCGUUAUAUAAUAAUGUUCAAAAAUAUGAUAACUCAGUAUGUGGUAAAUAUAUUGACCCUUCAGAAGUUUUCAAGAAAGCAAAUGAAGAAGUUGAUGUCACUUUUGAUAUGAUUAUUCCGGUAAAUGAUUUGUUAGCAUUUCAGGCGUUCGAUGAUUAUCCUAAAUCAUUUGGUGAUAUCAUUCUUAAAUAUUAUGUUUUCAGGGAUACUUUAGUAUUUUGUCAGGUUGACCCGUUAAGAGUUGCUGAUUUACAAAAUUACGUUUAUGAAAAGAUAACUGAUGAAAAUUAUGAAAAGAUUAUGAAUCAUGUUUAUAAAUAUGAUCGCAAAUUCCAACAAAUCGGACUUCCUGCCAAAUUAAUUACAAGCUUAGCCGCUACAUCUGCUGACGCAACAGUUGAUGACGUUAUUAUUUCAUGCACAAAGAUGGAAGUUUUAGAGGAUAAAUGCAUUACACCAGGAUAC